CUGAAAAAUUACGCUCACUUCACACAGGCACCACCAACAUAACUGAACAUAACCCUCGCCCACACGAACACACUAGCCCCGAGGCCAUACUGCUCUAUCAAUGACAAGCCCGUCGUACGCACACCUCCAGUGCCGCGUUAACCGUCAUUAAAAAACGUCACCGUCAUUUUCGCCCGAAAAACCCGUGGAAUGAGGCCCAUGACUCCACAGUGGCCAGUGUCAAGUGCACAUUAACCUAACUCUCGUGCAUCGAACCCCAAAAACCGUCUGCAACCGUGCGACCGCGAUCGCCCAUUAAUUGCCAAUUGCGUUAAUCAAAAGCCCCGACCCCCCUGCCCCACCGAUUAAAUGUCACUGGACAAAAACAAAUCCUGAGUGAGUGUGACUUCCCUACGAUGUCAAUGAAUCAGCGGUCCUCCCUCCAGAAUUAAUCACCCAGUGUCGAAAGCCCCCCGAAAGUGCGAUAAACCCCCCUGGUGAUGCAAGAUGUACAGUUUCGAGGGUGAUUAUCGUCGCAGGCCCCAGCAGAACUUGGCUGGUGCCAGUCGUCGUGACGAGAAGGCUGCGCUCCUCCAGCAUGCCCAACUGGAGCGAAACAAGCGCGAGCAGCAGCGCAAACGUCAGAACGCAGCGCUGAAGAUUCACGCUCAAACCCGGAGCUACUUGAUCCGUCAGUCAGUAAAACGAAACUGCAGAAUCGAGUUCGACAGAGCAAGAUCCCAGGUCCAAGGUAGACUCCAAACAACGGAGCUGAUUCCCUACAUAAGAACGCUCCUAUUUUUCUACGACGCAAAGAUCGACUACGAGCGACUGAUCUGGCUGCUGGAGCACAUUCUCUCUAACAAGGACGACAUCCUGAACAGCUACAGCAACACCGACUGGCUGUGGCGCCUGCGAUGGAUCCUCAAGCUGUGUCUGCAGUUCAUCCUCGAGAUAACCAGCAUAAACCGACAGAUCUCGACAGCCCUGCCCCUGCGAGUCCUCGAGAGCUUCAUCACGAGUGAAAAAAUUCAAUACCAGAAAGACUCGAACGAGAACUACAGGAAUCACCUUCGAGACAUCCUGAAAUACCUAGUCCAGAGCUCGUACUUCUCGAACAUAAAGAAACUCCUCGAGGACAACAUUCCUCCCCUCGACGAGUCGACGUCAAUUCCCCCCACCCCGAGGAUAAAAUGCUACUUCGACUUGAUAAAGCAGCCCCUGGUGCUGUCCACCGACACAAAGUACGACAACGACUUCGCAAUGAUAGUGAUCAAAGAGUUUGUGAAUACAAUUCUUCUUCCGAGGAUGUCAGACCCAGUGAGAUUAUUCCUGAUCCCAGCACUGUCAGAGCUGUCGAGUUUUCCCUAUGCCGAGUUGAUAUGCUGUAUCAACAGACUGGAGAUUGUUCCAACGAGAAGUCUUCUGUACGCUGUGCUCUCCCUGGAGCCCAGGAGUUUCAAUCCCUCGUCAUCGGACACUGUUCUAGUGAACUACGUGCAGGUGCUGGCCUCGCUGACAUCGACGACCCUGGGCCCGCUGCCCUCGGAGUCCCCAGCCAACGACAAUAUGGUAGACGACAACGACGACAUGAGCAUCUCAGACACAGACACUGUCACGGUGGACCAGAGCCAAGUGGAGAUAAUGCUGCAGUGCAUUAAGAUGCUGAACGAGGACGACAGGGUCAGCAGGAUCCUGGCGUCCCUGGACAAGAGCGAGGAGCCCGCUGUCCUCCAGUCCCUCUGCCAACUCUGCCACAACCUCCUGAGGACUGAUAAGCUGGCCUCCCACAAGUACAAGCUCCUGUACAUGCUGGCAUUCAAGCCAGAAUUCGUGAGGAGACUGUGGACAGCCCUGAUAACGACCAAACAGACCUCGAUAUUCGGUGGAGGAUCGACACCACUGGUGCAGAUAAUGUCCAGGGGGAUAGCCCCCACCGCUGAGGACUCGAAGAACAUAGCCUCGUUGAUAGCUGUCUUUUGCUCGCUGUUUAGCCUGCUGAUAGCCACUCUACACGACUCGGAGUUCUUCACCGAGUCGAAGGAGAAUUCAAUGGAGGAGGAGGAGCCUGACAACGAGAGGACAGCGAUGCCGUUCACCACUGGGGAGCUGGUCCCACUGUCUGAUUAUCUGAAGGGGGUCUGCCUGGGCCUGGUGGAGCUGGCUUUUCCUGAUUGUCGACCCACUGUCAGGGACGACUACAAGAGGGCUGUCCUGGGCCCCUCGACGAAGGCCAUUCAGGAGAAGCAGGACACCCAGAUGUGGGUCCACCUGUUCAAGGCGACCUCUGGACUCCUCAGGCAACUCCACACGAGAGAUCUCAGGAGGCAGUUCUGCCCCGAUGGCCACUGGAUCACCUCCAACAUUCCCAUUCCCCUGGACAAACCCCAGGACAUCACCUGGAGGAGGAGAACUAAUCGCACGACUUACUCACCGUUUCAGGGGCUCAGGAGUCUCUCGCAGGAUCAGGAGGAGAGCGAGCAUGGCCCUCCUCUGUCCACCAAGGAGAUCAGGAUGCUGACACUCCUCAGGGAGGUGCCAUUCAUCGUACCUUUCAACGAUCGAGUGAUGGUUCUGCAGUCGUUGAUCUACAGGGACAAGAUGGAGCAUCAGGGGGAGCUCACGCACUUCAUGCAGGGCCCCUCCAUUCAGAUAUCAGUGAGGAGGAAUUAUCUGUAUGAGGAUGCUCUUGAUAAAUUGUCGCCUGAGAAUGAACCCGAGCUGAGGCUCAAGAUGAGGGUCCAGCUGGUCAAUUCUGCUGGGGUCGAGGAGGCUGGCGUCGACGGUGGGGGACUCUUCAGGGAGUUUCUCUCUGAACUGUUGAAGACCAGCUUUGAUCCCAACAGGGGCUUCUUCAGGCUCACCAAGGAUAACAUGUUGUAUCCUAAUCCAACGGUUCAUCUGCUUGUUGACGAUUUUCCAAAGCACUAUUACUUCAUUGGGAGAAUGAUGGGGAAGGCCAUUUAUGAGAAUCUUCUGGUGGAGCUGCCUUUCGCUGAGUUCUUCCUCUCGAAGAUUGUGGGGAGACAGUCGGAUGUGGAUGUGCAUCAUCUGGCGUCAUUGGAUCCCGUCAUGUACAGGAAUCUUCUGUAUUUGAAGAGCUACAAGGGGGAUGUCUCUGAUCUGGGCCUCGACUUCACGGUUCUCUCUGAUGAACUGGGGGAGAGGAGGAUCGAUGAACUCAAGCCCAAGGGCUCGCAGAUACCCGUGACCAAUGAUAACAGGAUUGAGUACAUCCAUCUGAUGGCGGAUUAUAAACUUAAUAAGGAGAUCAGGCCUCAGUGUUAUGCCUUCAAGCAGGGAAUCGCUAAUGUCAUUCCGUUGGAGUGGCUGCAGAUGUUCAAUAAUAAGGAGAUGCAGGUGCUCAUCUCUGGGGCGCAGAUACCUGUGGAUGUCGAUGACUUGAAGAUGCAUACUAAUUAUACCGGGGGGUAUGCUCCGGAUCAUCCUACUAUUGGGGCGUUCUGGAGGGUCGUCGAGGGGUUCACUAAUAAGCAGAAGGGACAGCUGCUCAAGUUUGUUACUAGCUGCAGCAGACCUCCUCUUCUUGGGUUCAAGGAACUCGAUCCACCCUUCUGCAUACAACACGCCGGCACAAUCGAUCGUCUACCAACAUCCAGUACCUGUAUGAAUCUUCUAAAACUGCCAGAGUUUCCAGAUGAAUCAACACUACGUGAGAAACUGCUCUACGCCAUUCAAGCUGGCGCUGGAUUUGAGCUUAGCUAAUUGGGCCCAUCGAACAAAAACACAAUGUGUGUUAAUUUGUCUUCUUCAUCUGCUGUUAAUCAGCUGUCGUUGUUCUGACAGUUAAUCAUUCAAGACUGUGCCAUUAAAAUAUCUACAAUUCUCGGGGAUUUUGUGGAGAUGAUUAUUGAAUAUUGAAAUGCGACGAUUAUUUAACGUGGGUUUACGUAUUUGAUGGGGAUAUGUUUGAUUUAUCAUGGACAAGUUGGUUCCUCAUGAUUUGGUAGUAGAUAUUUCUAGGUAAUUGUAAAUUAUGUAUAUCAAGUUGUGCGUUUAUUUUCCAGCGGUGGUACAUCGACUUAUUACUGAAGUUAAUUUAACGAGUAUUUAUAGGAAACGAUCAUGUGAAACAUAGAAAUGUGUAUAGAAUCAUUGGGGGAGGAUUUUUUGUGCUGCACUGUGUGGGGUAUAUGUGAAAUCAAGUAAUUCUUCUACGGUGUCAUAGUGAAAUAAAUGUCAAAUGUUGAUGUAAUUGUUAGCCCGGUCUCAGGGGACUGGCUAUUUUGUUUUUUCUUUCUUCAAUUACAAAACCUUGUGAUAUAUGGAUAUAUUAUUAUAUAAACAUAUUUUUCGUCUUGAUGAAUCUUUCUUAUUAUUGUAUAUGUGAAAUUUGCAACAUUAAAAUGUAAUCGGGGCCACGGUGAAACGGUA